AUGUCCCAAUGGCUCCAAAGACACACCUCCACGACAGCCUUCCAGAUUGGCCUUGCUGCUACGCUGGGUGCAGUCGCUGCCACCACGGUCAUUUUCACGGCGACCGCGAUCCACCGCCGCCGGGCAACCGAAGAGCUUAAAGCCUCCAUUCCCGAACUCUCACCCGAGCAUCAUGCCCUCCAGCUCACGGAAUACGGCGGAGCCAGCCGUCCGACGAUCACAAACAAAGAAGAUGCACGGGCAGCGCAGAUCGCGGCGCGGGCCAGGAAGGGAGACUACGAUGAAGAGUUGAUACUCGAACAACUGGCCCGGAACAGGGUGUUCUUGAAGGACGAGGGCCUCGCGAAACUCAGGAAUGCAUUCGUGAUCGUUGUGGGACUGGGUGGGGUGGGAAGCCACUGCGUCGCUGCGCUGGCCAGGAGCGGUGUGGCUCGCAUACGGGUCGUGGACUUCGACCAGGUCACGCUGAGCAGUCUUAACCGGCACGCUCUUGCAACACUGGCGGACGUAGGGACGCCAAAGGUGAAUUGUGUCAGGAAGAGGUUGGAGCAAAUCUGCCCGUGGGUCCGGAUCGAUGAGCGAAACGAGUUGAUGAGUUCACGGUCGAUCGAAGGGCUGCUCGGGAAAUGGGAUUUUGAGUUGAGGGACGGGGAGGAAGUCAAAGAGGUGGAUUGGGUGGUCGAUGCAAUUGAUAAUAUUGACACCAAGGUCGAAUUAUUGAAAUAUUGUGCGAUGAGAGGUAUCAAAGUCAUCAGUGCCAUGGGCGCGGGGUGUAAGAGUGACCCUACCAGGAUACAGGUGGGUGAUAUCUCUACGAGUGUCGAAGAUCCUUUAUCGAAGGCGACGAGGCGGCGGUUGCGGGUCUUGGGUAUCAGCAAUGGCAUCCCUGUGGUCUUCUCGACGGAGAAGCCGGGCGAGGGUAAGGCUGAAUUACUCCCCAUUGCGGACGAGGAAGUCCAAAAGGGCCAUGUCGACAAGCUGGGUGUUCUGCCUGAGUUCAGGGUCAGAAUCUUGCCGGUCCUGGGGACGAUGCCAGCCGUUUUUGGGUAUACAGUGGCCAACCACGUCAUUUGCAGUAUUGCUGAGUAUCCGAUGGACUACCGAACAGGCGACAAAGGGAGGGAGAAAAUGUACGACGCUAUGCUAUCGUCUUUACAGAGUCUUGAAGAACGCCUCGUCCGAUCGACCAACGGGCAAGACACUAUUGGCCUCCGCAUUCCCGUGAGCCGAGACGACGUGGCUUAUCUUGUGGAAGAGGUCUUCCGCGGCAAAAGCGUCAUCAGCGGCUUGAGUACCAGACUUGCACUCAUCAGAUGGCGGAAGCCUGCGGAAGGAUUCAAGAUCGACCCUGGGUACGAAAAAGAAGGACAGAAGGUGAUCAAACUGCCUCUGACAGACCUGGUCCUUGUGACGAAAGAGGAGGCGCAGAAGCACGAGAAGUUGGUCUUGAAAGGAGACAUGGAACCCGAAGUCCUAUACGACCACAGCGUCCUCGCCGAAGUCAAAAGGCGCCUUGAUGAAGAGAGAGCUUACGAGAGGUACCGGUAA